UACUGACUUCAACAGGUACAUAUGUUGAAGAAUAUCACAAGUCGAUUAUAACUUUGGUUUGUUGAAAUAAUGGUUCUAUUUCAAAGGUGUGCGCUGAAAAACCUUAUCCUGCCGAGUCCUUACUGUCGGGGUUGGGGAGUUCUACCAGCGAGUAAAAGUUAUAUCCCGGAGUUCGCAUUUUUUCUCCUCCUUGGACAUCGAUGCACUGGAUACAGUACCAUAUCAGGGAUCCCUGGUGUGAGAGAACGUACUCUUAUUGCAGUGAAACCAGAUGGGGUCCAGCGCCGCCUUGUGGGACAGAUAAUGCAACGCUUUGAGCAGAGAGGCUUCAAACUGGUGGGCAUGAAGAUGCUGCAGGCAUCAGAGGAGCUGCUCUCUCAGCACUACCAGGAGUUAAGGAGGAAGCCCUUUUACCCCAGUCUCCUGUACUACAUGACCUCUGGUCCCAUAGUUGUUAUGGUGUGGGAGGGUCAUAAUGUGGUCCGGACAUCCCGGAUCAUGGUAGGAGACACCAACCCAUCUGAGGCCCAAGCAGGCACUGUCCGGGGGGAUUUCAGCAUUCACAUCAGCAGAAAUGUGGUCCAUGCCAGUGAUUCAGUAGAGGGGGCUCAGAGGGAGAUCCAGCUGUGGUUUCAUCGAAAGGAACUGAUGGAUUGGGACUGCUAUGACCACAAUAGCACCUACCAGCUUUGAGAAAGAGAUGAAAGGCAGAGAUUGAAAGAGAGCGUGAACAAGUGCCUGUUUUCUGGUUUUGACCAUUCUGCCUGCCCAGACCCGGAGCCUGCCCGCCGUCCUGUACCUUGUCCCACCACACUGGAUUACUGACCUUUGCCUGCCCCUGUUACAGUAAUAAACUUUUGUUACUUCGA